AUGUGGUUCUCAAAAGCUACGGCCGUAGCUGCUGCUGCUGCCGCUCUCAAUAUCGGCGCUGCUUCAGCUGCUGCUACCUCCUUCUGCCCCAAUACCGGAGUCUGUUUCGAAUGGGGAGUCCCCGACGCCACCGCCAAGGCAGGAUCCGGCGACAUCUUCUUCCAGCUCAAGGCCCCGACAUCGUGGCAAUGGAUCGGACUCGGCAUCGGCACUUCCAUGUCGGACUCAAACAUGUUCAUCAUGUACCAGGACGGCAAGGGAAACGUUACGCUCAGCACGAGGCCCGGUGCCAACCACGUCAUGCCGACUUACAAAGCGAGAAGCGACGUUGAGCUCCUGGCGGGCUCUGGCGUCGUCGAUGGCAACAUGGUGGCCAAUGUUAAGUGCAGUAAGUGCACAGGACUCGACUUCUCUGGCCAGACGAAUUGGAUUUCGGCGUGGAAGUCGGGUGACUCUUUGGAUUCGACAAACCCGGCGGCCAAUAUUGACCAGCAUGACAACGUGGCUCUGUUCCAGGUCAACCUGGCCAAGGCUAGCAUCAGCUCCGACUCGAACCCAUUUGACGGAUCUAGCACCGGCAGCAGCGGAAGUAGCAGCGGAAAUAACUCUGGUGGCUCUUCUGGCUCUGGCAAUGGCGAUAGUGACGGUGAUGGUGGCAGUGACGGCAGCAGCAGCGGUGCGAUUUCUGGUGUCUCGAACAAUUCAUCGAACCAAACCCUGGCCACUGCCCACGGCGUCCUCAUGUCAGUCGUUUUUGUCAUCCUGUAUCCUCUUGGCUCCAGCUUGAUGCCCCUGAUUGGAAAGUGGUACAUUCAUGCAUCGUGGCAGACGAUUGCUUUCUUGGGCAUGUGGGCUGGCUUCGGAAUCGGCGUGUUUGUUGCCAGACAGGAGGACCAAUUCUUCAAACAAGCCCACACUCGCUUGGGAGUCAUUCUCGUUUGUCUCAUCAGUCUGCAACCCAUCUUCGGCUUGAUCCACCACAUCAACUACCUCAAGACUCAGUCUCGCGGCAUCUUUGGCCAUCUUCACUGCUGGUAUGGACGAGCACUGAUGAUUAUCGGCAUCGUCAAUGGUGGUCUUGGCUUGCAGCUCGGCAACGCUCCUACUCGCUACAUCAUUGCUUACUCUGUCGUGGCUGGAGUCAUGUCAUUCAUCUAUGUGGCCUCUAUUACCCUUGGAUGGACAGUACUCCGCAGGAGCCGACAGCAACCAAAGGAUGCAAGCUCCUCAUAA